AUGGAGUUUUUGUUUGUUGAUCCUGAAGGAACAGCCGGAGGCCUGCUAUGUAUCUGGGAUCCUGCUGUUUUCACACUCUCUGGCUGUUGCUGCAAUAAGAGGUACAUCUUACUCUCAGGUUCCUUAUACAACACCUUUGAUUGUGUCCUGCUCAAUAUUCAUGCACCCAAUGAUGUUGGUGCCAGAUCUUCUUUUUGGGCUAAUAUCUUAAAGCUUAAAUCCAUUUUCCCUCUUCCAUGGUGCAUGGGUGGUGACUUUAAUGAAAUUUGCCAUAUUAGUGAAAGAGUUGGUUGCUCUAGAAGAGAUAGGGGAAUGAAACAUCUUAAUGAAUUCAUUGGCAAUAGUGAGCUUCAUGAUUUACCACUUCAUGGAAAGAGAUACACAUGGUGUAAUGCCCAGGAUUCAGAGAAAUGGAGCAGAAUUGAUAGAAUUUUACUAAGUCCUGAAUGGAUGAUUAAUUUCCCAAUGAAAUUGUGGGGUUUACCCAAGCUAAUCUUAGACCAUUGCCCUUUAUUAAUGAUUGAAGAUGCCAGAGAUUGGGGGCCAAAGCCAUUCAGGUUCCUAAAUGCGUGGACUCUUCAUCCCAACUUUGCUCAGCUAUUUGUCUCAUCAUGGUCAGAUUCCUCUUUUGUUGGCUGGUCUGGGUACAUACUCUUCCAAAAGUUAAAGCAUUUGAAGCUAGUCUUAAAAUCUUGGAACAUUCAGGUGUUUGAUAAUAUGGCUUCUAAAAUAAAAUCUUCAGAAGAAGAGCUACAUGCUCUGGAUAUCACUGCAGAGGAAAGAGCACUGCUGGCUUCAGAAAAGGCAAGAAGAAGGGAGGUUAAAGGUGAGCUGUGGAAGCUAUACAGAAUGGUAGAAUGGAUUUGGCACCAAAAAUUCAGAUUAAAUUGGGCUAUCAAUGGGGAUAAAAAUAGUAGAUUUUUUCAUGUGGUUGCAAGUUCUCGGCAAAAUAGAAGUCUCAUCAACUCUAUUUCAGUAAAUGGAGUGUCCAUUGAGGAUCGUACUGGAGUUAGGCACCAAAUUCUUCUUCACUUUAAGGCCCAAUUCUCUGAAUCAUGGGUUAAGAGGCCUUCUUUGACAGGGGUACUUAACAUCAUUGACCCUGAAUAUGUCUCUCGACAUCUGGUAGCUAAGUUCAGUGCAGCUGAGGUACUUGCAGCAAUCAAAGACUGUAACAACAACAAAGCUCCAGGCCCUGAUGGGUUCAACCUACUGUGUUAUCAGAAAUUCUAG